AUGGAGACUAAAAAUGAAGAAUUAAUCAUUGUUGAGAAACGUCAAAGAAACUUCACAGUAAAGCAGAAUUUUGAUAUAGUUGAAUCUAACGAAUGUGUUAGUAAAAAUUAUAAAUCUUUAUCUGACUGUACUGAUUCCGAAGAUGAAUGGGGUGCUAUGAAUCAGCCUGAAAAUAUAUUAAAACAGUCACUACAGACCCCUUCUAAAUUUUUACCUAAACUAGAAGAGCAAAGUGAUAAAUAUAAUCAACAUGAUAAAACAUUGGUUUGUCCAAAAAAAAUAUCAUUUUUAAAAGAGAAAAAUUCAAUGUCAAUGGCUCAAGAUAAUGAAAAUAAUAAAUCCUUAUUUGAAUUAACUGAUUCUGAAAGUGAAUAAGGUAUUAUAAAUCAGCCUAAAAAUAAAGUUGAACAGCCACUGCAUAUCCUUUCUAAACAUCUUAAACCACAAAAGCGAUUAUCAAAAGCCGAAAAAAUGCUAAAAUAUGAUGCUAAUCAUACUGAUGAAAAUACAAUUUUAGAACACAUUACGAAUAAAGUUUGUAAGACUAAAAAGAAAAAUAAGUCGAUCAAAUCUGUUAAAUUACUAAAAACUCAAAAUGAAGUAAAAUGUAGCAAUAACAAUAACACAUUUAUUAAUAAACAAAGAUUGGUUCAUACAUUUAAUAGUGAUAAAAAUAUAGAUAAUGUUUGUAAUUAUGAAGAAGUUGUAUUAACUGAUAAUGAUACAGAAGAGAACCAAAAAUCACCUAAUGGUGUAAAGCAAGUUGAAGUUAUAACCUUAGAUGAAGAUAUGCAAAUUGAUUGUGAAAUGUUAAAUGAUAAUUUUGAAUCAUCAAUCUCUACUUUUACUGAAAAUAAAAAUAGAAACACCAAUGUAAAAGAUAACUCUAAACAAAUAGAACGUUCUGUUAUUUCAAUAGAAGAUGAUGAUCUAAUGAUUAUUAGUGAUGAUGAAGAUGAUGUUCAAUGUUUUUCAACUACUGUAAAUAUUGGUGAUGAUGUUCAACGUUUUUCAACGACUGUAAAGCCUGAAUGUCCACCUUCAAAUACAAAUUUAAAUAAAUCAUACAACUCUGAGUCUACAAACAGACAAAUUAUAUUUGCCAAGCAUAUUCAACAACAAGAACAGCCUUUUAUAACACAUACACUUUCACAAAACGUUACUGAUAUGUCAGCAAAUAUUAAUAUUCCAAAAAGUAUUGGUGAUGAUGUUCAACGUUUUUCAACGAUUGUAAAGCCCGAAUGUCCACCUUCAAAAACAAAUUUAAAUAAAUCAUACAACUCUGUGUCUACAAACAGACAAAUAACGUCUACCAAGUAUACUCAACUCCAAGCACCAUCUUCUAUUAUACAAAAACUUUCACAAAACGUUACUAUUAUACCAUCAAAUGUUAAUAUUCCAAAAGGUAUUAGUGAUGAUGUUCAACGUUUUUCAACGACUGUAAAGCCUGAAUGUUCACCUUCAAAAACAAAUUUAAAUAAAUCAUACAACUCUGUUUCUGCAAACAGACAAAUGACAGCUACUAAAUACAGACCAUACCAAAAACCAUCUUCUAUAAUACAUAAACUUUCACCAAAUGUUACUCUUAUGCCAUCAAAUGUUAAUACACUGAAAAGUAUUAGUAAUAAUGCUCAACGUUUUUCUACRACUGUAAAGCCCGAAUGUUCACCUUCGAAAAUAAAUUUAAAUAAAUCAUACAACACUGUGUCUGCUAACAGCCAAAUAACGCUUACCAAGUAUACUCAACACCAAGCACUCUCUUCUAUAAUACAUAAACUUUCACCAGACGUUACUCUUACGCCAUCAAAUGUUAAUAAACCGAAAAGUAUUAUUAAUAAUGUUCAAAGUUUUUCAACCACUGUAAAGCCCGAAUGUUCACCUUCAAAAACAAAUUUAAAUAAAUCAUUCAACUCUGUAUCUACAAACAGACAAAUAACACCUACCAAGUAUACUCAACUCCAAGCACCAUCUUCUAUAAUACAAAAACUUUCACAAAACGUUACUAUUAUACCAUCAAAUGUUAAUAUACCAAAAGGUAUUGAAGUCACUAUGGUUAAAAUUCCAUAGACAAGAAUAGACUCCAAUUUUAAUUCAAUUCAAAGAAAUUCAACCAUGUCGAAUGGCCAUCUAGAAAACAAUCCAUUAACAAUUAAUGUGAAAUGUGAACUUAUUUUAAAACUAAAUUUUAAAGGGGAAGUUAAUUUUUAUGUUAAACUACCCAACGGAACUGAACAGGAUGUUCCUAAUGAUCUUAUCAGUCAAUACCUGAGUCAGAACAAUAACAAGUUGCCUGAUUAUUGGUUGGUACCUUUACCAGUAGAAAUUGCCAAACAAUAUGGUUUAAGUAAAAGAAAUUAA